CCCAAAUAAUUCCAGGUAAUGAUUGAAUAAAUCAUCGCAACUCUUCGCCAAAAUAAAAUUGGCUGUUGAUACAACAAUGGAGAAACAGAAGUCAACAUCAAAGAAGGAACUUUUGGAAAUUAUAAAAAAACAGGAAGAGGAUCUUUCAAAAUACAAGAAGAGGUUUCAAGAUGUGGUCGCCACCCUUAAGAGAACACUCAAAGAGAAAGAUGCUUUGGAAUCGAGUUUGAUGGUUAUGAGAAAUAACUCAAGCUCAGAUACAACUUCGGUGAAUUUGGAUUGCUCUAUAGAUGACAAUUCAUCAACUUCAUCCAAGGUUGAAGAUGUGCAUUCAGAAGAUGGCUCCAGUGCCAGUGCUAAUGAAAGUGUGGAUCAUUUGAAGGGGCAGUUGGCAACACUGAUGCAAUCCAUUGCCACUCUAUCAUCGGAGAAAUCUCGCAUGGAAGCCACUUUCCAAGCUGAUAGGAAGGCAUUGCGAGUUGAGAAGGAGGAGGUAUGAUCGCAAAAGUAGAAUAGAAACAUCGCAAAAUUUAAGAAUAUGUUAUUCAAUGUCGAUCUUUUAGUGCCCGGUUUCACCAAGAUCAGU